AUGAAAGGCUGGCCGGCGCACUGGCUGUGCCCUCAGCGUGUUGAUCUGCUGGUUAAUAGGAGGGCUGCGGGUUCAAGGAGUUCACCUGUAUCAGUAAUGCAUGGUGAACUGCUCCUGCUUUCAAGUGUGGUUGUCCUGCUCCGGGGGCUGUGUGGCUGCCCAGAGAAGUGCCACUGUCACUGGGCCUCAAAUUCUGUAGACUGCAGCCGGCAGGGUCUGGCUGAAAUCCCUCCCAAUUUGCCUCCUUGGACUCUAACGCUACAUUUACAGGAUAACCAGAUACAUCAGCUUCCUGCUUCUGCAUUUAGGUCAGUGCCACUGCUCACUACCUUGAAUCUGGGCAACAAUUCCCUCUCCAACCUGGCCCCAGGAGCUUUCCAUGGACUUCAGCACUUGCGGGUCUUAAACCUAACCCAGAACUCCCUGCAUUCCUUGGAAAGCAGGCUUUUCCAUUCCCUCCCACAGCUGAGGGAGCUCGAUCUGUCAUCCAACAACAUCAGCCGCCUACCCACCUCCCUGGGUGAGCGCUGGGAGAACCUAACUCUGUUUGCGAUCCAACGAAACCAGCUUCGGCAGCUGGACCGAGCACUCCUAGAAUCCAUGCCCAGCGUGAAGCAUUUAUUUCUCAAGGACAACCUCUGGAAAUGCAAUUGCCACUUGCUGGGUCUCAAGCUCUGGCUGGAGAAAUUUAUCUAUAAAGGGGGAGUCAUGGACAAUGUCGUCUGUGUGUCACCGGACACCUGGAAGGGAAAGGCCCUCCUUACAAUCCCUCAUGAGCUCUACCAGCCCUGCCCUCCUCCCUCUCCAGAUCUGGAGUCCUCGCAGGGGCAGCGGCUGGGUUCUGCCCACCGGGCUGUCCCGAGGCCUCCUGAGAGCCACAGUGUUGGGGAGCAAGACCGUUCAGAAUGUGACCUCAAACCCAAGCCCAGGUCGCCCAAUCUGCGUCACGCCUUGGUCACGGUCAUCAUCGCUGGGGUUGCAUGUGGGAUCCUGUGUCUCAUGAUGCUUGUGGCCACCAUCUAUGGCUGCACCUAUGCAGCUAUCACAGCCAAGUACCGUGGGGCACCCUUGGCUCAAACCAACGAGCCUGUGAAGACAGAAGGAAAAGAGCUGUUUGAUAGCUCACCAGCUUGAGAGCUUUCGUCUCAAAUAGGAAUAGUCACAUUAGGCCAGAAGAUAGUGUCUGGGGAGGGCUGAUAUGUUCACUG